CCAGCAGCUCGAUUUUGUUGAUUGUUGUGUUGAGCCGGAGCAAAAAGGAAUCACCGAUAAAAGGAGUGAACUGCGAAAUCCCGGAAUCCCCGUCCUGAGACGCAAUUUCCCCAGCAAGGACAUGGCCAGCAGCAAGGAGUUGUGCUCCAUCAGGGAGUGGGCGCCGCUAACGGAGGUCAUUGAUCGAAUUCCGGCGCGUCUGCAGCGCGGAUUCUUUCCGGCGAAUCUCAACCUGACCUGUGUGGACGCCACCGAGGAGUUCCUGGCCAUGGGCAGCGACGCGGGCAUCGUGUUCUGGUACAAUCGCCACACGGGCAAGAUGCAGAAGCUGAAGGCGGAGGUGGCCACUCGGAUUACAUGCGUUAGGGUUGUCAACUCCGUGGAGUAUAUGGUUGCGGCUGGGUGCGUCAACGGGCAGGUGAGCAUCUUCCAGAUACAGAAGGAGCUCCCACGAGACCUCGACUUGGUGGCUCCUUGCACCAAGAGUCGGCCCAUCGAGCGGUACACUAUCCGGGAUCUGCACAAGUGCGUGGUGAGCUGCUGCGAGUGGUCCAAAAACGGGAUGAAGCUCUACACCGGAGAUCGCCAGGGAGUGGUGGUGCUUACGGAGUUUGAUUACCAGGCGCACCUUAGCAAAUCGGUGGAGAUUUUAAGCGAAGCGUACGAGAUCGUGCAGCUUAGCGUGCAGCAGAGCCACCUACUGGUGGCCACCCUUUACCGUUGCAUCGUAUGCCAGCUAGACGUCCACACCUCGCAGUGGAACAUCACCCAGGUGGGAAAGAAGGAUCGCAAACAGCUCAUCGACUGUGGGGCAAUUUUUCUGAAGAAACAAGAAUCAAACAAGCCGCAACUAGUCUGCGGACGUCCUGGCCUGCGCUUCUGGGUGGCAGACGCUGCGGGAAACGUGUCCAAAACCGUGCUAUUUAGAGAUGCCGUUCUGCGCAGUCCCACCUGGGAAAUACCUAUUCUAAACCCCAAGCAGCGCAGUGAGCCGUCCACAACCCACAACACGACUGCAUCCACAUCUUCCAGUAAGCCUGCUGGACUAGGAGAUGGCAAUGUGGGCUAUGUGGCCAGCAGCAACUUCCGGCAACUAUUCCUGUACGAUGGCCACGACUCACUACUGGUAACACACGAUGAUGCCACCCUGUACAUACUCAACUUGGAUCGACUCAAAGUGGAAGCCGUUGCACGAGGAUUCCGGAAGAUCCUUGAUUUCUGCGUCAGUGGCAAAGAAAUCUUCGUGCUGGAGGGGGAUCGCACAUUGCUGCGUUUAGCUCCUUUGCCAGAACCACCAAACAAGACGGCCAAAGUCAUCUUCAAUCCCCUGAUGCCGCCUCCAGUUCCGGUUCUAGGCUUGCACCAAUCGCGACUGGAGUCGCCGAUCGAGCUUCAGGCAGAUCCUGUACUUCAAAACGCUGAGGAGUGUUUCGAGCUGUUACCUGUGGAGCAACUAAACCUGAAUGUGCCCAUUGAAAUAGCUGUGGAGUCGCCACUGGCUCAACAAAAUCGGCGCUUGGAAAUCUUUCGCCGCAUCGGAGAAAUGGACUUCGAGCAGUCCAUUGUUCACACCACCCGCAAGACAUCCGUGGGAAAGCCGCCGGAGGUCAGUGGUUCGGGAAUUGUUGAGAUUGGCCAUGAAACCCAUGAGCUUCGGCUGCCGCUUACCAAUGCCGCCACUUUAAUGGAGGCCAGCUACUGCCAAAUGGAGAACAAUGGUCUUGCCUCACCAUUGGACAUGAAAGCAGCCUACCUUCAGCAUCUGCCCGAUGCGCUCAGUCCCACCACCUUGCAGAAGACCGUCGCAGAAAAGGCCAAGACACUGGCCGCCGAGCUGGAUCUGCCCGAGGUGCAUCUGGCCCCGUUGUCCCAGGAGGAGCUCCAUGCUGUCCAGGUGCAGACUUCCCAACUGAGCGAUCCGCUGAUCAGGUGCUACCCCACGCACCUGGAGGAGGCCAGUGUCCAAACAAGUUCAAAGAAAAGCCCGGCCAACCCAGCAGAUGAUUAUCAUGUAGGUGAGCCCGUGGACGGGAUACGGUCAUUUGACGUCUCCAAGCGUAAAAUGGCCCCGCUGAAGUUUGUCCUAAGCCAGCCGAAGCCGACGCUGAAGUUGGAAGAGAAUAGGGAGGAGGAGGAGUACACCAGUUUCCUACCCGACUUUAGGAGAGCUGGCGAUCCACUGUGCAAGGAAACGCCGGCCACCAGGGACUCAAACACCUCCAGCGAGUGGGAGUUUUUGGACAACUAGUUCAGUAUUAGAAUUAAGUGCAUACUCCUUAGAUUCCAUUUGCAAUAUCGCACUAUUUUUUUUUCUUUGUUUCUAUUUGCAAAAGUGUUGUGCUUAUCAGAUUGUGAUCACCGUGAUUUAGUUACUUUUUAGUGAAAUUUACAUUAAUGUACAUAAUGUUAGUCGUAUACAAUACCCACCAGUAUCUAUAUUUCAAGUUCGAAAGCAACCAAACCGUUCUUUAAAGUUUACUGAUCCAAAAAAAUUUUAUCGUAUAGCACCUAAGCACCAGUGUAAAAUAUUAGCCUUUAUUUGAUAUCAAUGUAUCAUUGCACCCCUGUUUAAGAUAUUCGAAUACUUAAAGUAUUCGCUACUUAGGUUCAAGGUCGCUUUACACAAAAUAAAUUUAUUUGAUACAAGUGCAAA